UGUACUUGUCAAAUGUAGUCUAGAGGUUAUGGUACAUUAUUUUAUUACAUCAAAAUAAUAUAUAUUUUGAAAUUACAUUUUAAAUUUUCGUUCGAUCAAAAUGUCUAAAUCUGUGUCUCGUUUAAAAUCUAUGAAAAAGGUAGCUGAUAAAAUAGAUCAUUCAUCGAAAUUACGAACUGAUAUUCCUGCAGGAAUGGCAGCAGCGGGUCCUCCACUAGGACCUAUGCUUGGACAGCGUAACAUAAACAUAGCGGCAUUUUGCAAAGAUUUCAACGAACGAACUGCAAAUAUAAAGCCGGGAAUACCAUUACCUACUCGAGUCAAAGUUAAUCCUGACCGAUCAUAUCAAUUGGUUAUCCACCAGCCUCCAAGUUCAUAUUUUCUUAAGCAAGCCGCUGGUGUUACCCGUGGUGCAAUGGAACCAAUUCGUGAAAUUUGUGGUAAAGUAACAUUAAAGCAUAUAUAUGAAAUUGCUAAAAUAAAGUCUCAAGAUCCACCUCUUGAAUGGAAAUCCCUCAAAGAUAUCUGCACUAUGCUAAUAGCAACAGCAAGGACAUGUGGUAUUGAAGUUGUCAAAGAACUUGAUGCGAAGGAUUAUGAGGAAUUUCUACAACACAGGAAGACUGUUGUGGAGGAACAAAAGAAGCUAUUACAAGAAAAGAGAGAAGCUAAGAUGUUACGAACUGCUUAACAAUAUUUAAAUGUAGAUAAAUUAGAUUUAUAGUAUUAAUAAAAAAUUAAAUUUUAAAAUUUACUAGA